GAUGGUGAAGUUACUAUCUAUUUUUUAAUGGAAGAUGUAUGUGUAUAAUACAACGUUAUAUGCAUACUAAAGAUAACCGAGAGAAAACCCCUGUGGCACAAAAUUGAAGAGUUGUGUUCUAUUCCUGCACCCCUCACAUGCUCGUCAUUUCCAUAUGUCCAUAAUGCACGAUCGAAGUAAACGCUGAAGAAUAUUUGUGCGGUUAUAUUUCACGCGCCUUGAAACGCUUAGAACUGAAAAGUACACACCCAAAAGGGGGUGAUAGUAAUCUUCGUUAUCCGGAGGAUCAGAAUCCAGAUUGAGCUGCAAAGAGACAUGGCUUAUCUGCAAACACCUUUUUCAUUCCAAGUGACUUCGCGUCAUGCAUUGACAAAGCCACCUAUAACGUCGUCGUCUCAUCUGUCUCCAACGAAACCCAGCAAGUGGAUCAGAGACUUUGGAUCCAAAUCGUUGAGUUUAGCUCUCUCAGGAGCUAUCACGUUCGGCUUUUCUCUUGCAGUACUUGCAGCAAAAGAAGGGGUAAACAAGCCAGAACUGCUUCCCAAAGAGUUUAGUCCCGUCAUUGACGUUGCCGGCUUUCUCUCUGAUGGCCAGGAGAAAAGACUUGCCCAAGAGAUUGAUGACAUUGAGAAGGAUACUGGAUUCAAGCUGAGAGUUCUGGCCCAGAAUUAUCCUGACACACCGGGUUUGGCUAUAAAGGAUUUUUGGCAAGUGGAUGAUAGAACUAUAGUCUUUGUUGCUGAUCCCACUUUUGGAAAUAUACUAAAUUUCAAUGUGGGGGCUUCAGUUGAUCUAGAUAUACCUCGUAGCUUUUGGAGUCGUUUGGCUGGGAAGUACGGGAAUAUGUUCUAUUGGAAAGAGAAGGGAGAGGAUGCAUCUAUUGAAGCAGCAGUCAUGGCAAUAUCUGAUUGCUUGAAGGAACCUGUAGGCCCUAAUAAUUGCUCCGAGGUUAAGUAAAACCAUCAUGAGUACCCGUCGAGAUUUCUUCCAUUCUGUACCUGCCAAUUUUGUAAUGUGUGUCAUGAAACUAGGUGUGUAAAUCUGUGUAGAAUGUGGAAAGACAAAAACAGAGAAAGAUGUUACUGUUUAUUUCUUUUAAAUUCAUCUUACUCAAGUCAAAUGCGUUAUGUAAAUAUAGAGUCAUAUAUUCAUUUGUCUUCAUGAAAUAAUAGAAUAAGAGACCACAAGUUGUAUAUUACCGUUA